AUGUCGGUAUUGUCAGAGAACCUAUGCAAGAAGCCGACUUACAGAGAUACAGCCAUCCGCCACGAGAAAGCGGCCCAUGAAACGGAAUACUCCCCGAGAACUGUGCCUGAUGAAAAUAUAAUUGUAUCGGCAGUACCAGGAAACACGUCAAGAUACCACUAUGAUCCCCCCGCAGAUUCACGAGGCCCGGGCCCUGUACAAUCAGAGGAUAGAACCGCGCUUGCAGUGACCGAGCAACCAGUUUCAACCUACAGCCCAUAUACAACCUCAUCUAGCCCAAACGAGAGAAUACAACAAGCUCUCACAAUUCUGGACUUCACUAGUCUCCAUUCAGAGGCUCUUUCUGCCAACCACUUGACAGUACCACACCCGACACCACUUUCAGAAACCGAGUUUAUGCACAGAGAAAUUACAUACGGCAUGGACUCCAACUAUACAUGGGAGACUUCAGAAUCCUUUUGCACAUACGAAGAAACACCAAGUAGCGCCGGGAGUGACUUUGAUGAAGCAGCUACGCCCCCUUCUCAGUCAUCUGCCGCGGGACAGACUCAACAUUGCAAUUAUUCUCGUGUUGACCUUACUCUGUCUUCGGGACUGAUGUUUGAUCCACUGUGGGAUCCGAUUAUGAGCAGAAAAGCCGCGGUCACCGCGUAUGCGACUGAUUUACAUCAGGAAAUUCUGCGCAGUCAAGGAUUUACUUGA